ACCCCCCCCCCCGCCCCCCACGCCCCCUGACCCCCUCUGCCCCCUCAGCUCCGCCAUCCACGGCCGGGGGCUGUUCUGCAAGCGGAACAUCGACGCAGGGGAGAUGGUGAUCGAGUACUCGGGGAUCGUGGUGCGCUCCGUGCUCACCGACAAGAGGGAGAAGUACUACGACAGCAAGGGCAUCGGCUGCUACAUGUUCCGCAUCGACGACGCCGAGGUGGUGGACGCGACGAUGCACGGCAGCGCGGCGCGCUUCAUCAACCACUCCUGCGAGCCCAACUGCUACUCGCGCGUCAUCCACGUCGAGGGCCACAAGCGCAUCGUCAUCUUCGCCCUGCGCCGCAUCCUGCGCGGAGAGGAGCUCACCUACGACUACAAGUUCCCCAUCGAGGAGCCUGCGGCCAAGCUGCCCUGCAACUGCGGGGCCAAGCGCUGCCGCCGCUUCCUCAACUGAGGGGGGGGGGAGAUGGAAAAG